AUGCUGGACAAGGGCGCCAUAGUCCAAUUGAAGCACUCGCAUAGCGAGACCGACGAUUUGACUUCGAUCGCCCGUUCGACACCAUCUGGGCCAGACGGCCAGACGACGCCUGCCACCAGCUCGAGUCGCUCCUUCUCGUGGAGCAAGCUCACUGACAACAUCAAAGGCAAAAAAGAACAGUCGCAGCACAGUUCAAGAGCCUCCUCGAUUGAUAAACGAGACAUCUCGAGCCCAAACCUUGACACAAACAGCCCACUGUGUCCCUCAAAGACGUGGGACCUUGGGCUCACUUCAUCCUCACCGCCGCCGCUUUUCCCGUUCGUGAAAUCGAGUCCCUCCAAUCGAGCCACGCGUCCAUGUGUCAAGCACACGCACUCUGCCUCUGACCCCACCAACAAUUCUUCUCCACCUGAGCCGUCACAACGUCAGCGCCAUCCCACCAGCGCGCCAGUAGCUUCCCCCACUGCUGGUACCACUGGCAGUGCGUUCGAGAGCUUCUUAGGGCGUAUAGCCGAGUCGCCUUAUGAACGCGAUCGCGCUGCACCACCCCGACACAUUGAGAAAGUCCAGCAAAAAGGACAUAGAAUGGAGCCGACACGCUUGCAGCUGCCUACGGGCGGCACGAAAGCUCGCGCAAUCCAACAGGCGAAGGAGAUGGAGGCUUUGGUCGCAGAGCGUGCCAAGCGCGGCGGGGAAGAGCCGCCGCCAUAUGACUUUUUCGAGCUCAUUGGCAAAGGCGCAUACGGCCGGGUUUUCAAAGGCAAGAGUCGCGUCACAGGAAGUCUUGUCGCCAUCAAAAUUAUUGAGAUUGACAAGGUCGAUUACGAGGAGAUGACGACUAAGAACCUUCAAGAUACAUUAAAGGAGAUUGACAUCUUGCAGCAGUUGCGCGACAGCAAAGCACGGCCAUAUGUCAAUAUCAUCGAAGAAGCUCGACCAGUGCACAAUGAGCUGUGGAUCGUUAGCGAGUAUGCCAGUGGCGGUAGUGUCAACACGCUGAUGAAGCCGACUUCUAUGCUAAAGGAUCCUGGCCCUGGACUACCAGAGAAGUUUAUUAUUCCGAUCGCGCGUGAAUUGGCUACAGGCCUGAAAUACAUUCAUGAAGCGGGUGUUUUGCAUCGAGAUCUGAAAUCCAACAAUGUCCUGAUCCUAGAAGAUGGUCGUGUGCAGUUGUGUGAUUUUGGUGUCUCGAACACGCUUGAGCCAGAGAAGUCGAAGCGAUCCACUAUCGUCGGUACACCGUACUGGAUGGCACCAGAGCUGCAGCGGGAAUGGGUCAAGGAUGCGGAUCCGAAAAGCCGACAGCAACCAAAAGAGAUUAGCUACGGCAACGAGGUCGACAUCUGGGCGUACGGGUGCACCAUUUAUGAAAUGGCGACCGGCUUUCCUCCCCAUCACAAGACGGUACAAUGGGAUCUUCCAACUGCAGGCGCACCACAGCUCGAAGGUGACCGCUUUUCAAAGGAGCUGAAGGACUUUCUCGCCUUUAUUCUUCAACCUGAACCGCAAGAUCGGCCUACCCCUGAUCAAAUUCUGGGGCAUCCUUAUCUUAUCGACUCUACAAAGAUGUAUCCGACAGUAUCACUUGUUAAGCUUGUCGAAGAGUAUUACAUCUGGGAACACCAAGGUGGUGCGCGCCAGUCCUUGUUCAACCCGUACGGAGCACAGGCGCCCGAUCCGCUCGCGCCGGAACCAGAAGAUGAUGAAGAUGAUGACUGGUCUUUCAGCACUACUGACGAAUUCGAGCACGAACAUGCGCCGCAAUUCAAUGAUCCCUUUGCAGGAGGAUCAGGGCAGACAUUUAACGGCAUGAAUAUUCCACCUGCUGCGGACAUGGGUCGUUUCGAGCAACUGCAAGCAAGGUUCAAAGAAGAAGCGAUUGUGCGAGGACAGCAGCGACUAAACAAGUUGUUCGAUACCAGCACAACGCCGUACCGCUAUAGCGCAAUUGACACACCAGAAUCUUCCAAUGGGCGACCACCAUCGGACUUGGCGCUUCGCGAGUUCAACCCGGGCGCUCCCAACCGCGAGACGGUCAUUGAUCUCGACUUCUCCCUGCCUUCGGUAGACGAUGUACCCAGCAUCGACUUGGGUGAAGUACCGACAAUAAGAGCAAACCGGAUGAAGAGCCUUAUUCGAGAGAUGGAAGAGGAAGAACAACAGGAGAAGCUUGACACUUUUAACACUGAUGAUGAGCUUACUGCUCGUCGCGCAACGAAAGAUUGGUCAUUUCCGCCUAAAGAGGAUAACCGCAAGACGAUGGAGUGGUCAUUUCCCUCUGUGAGUGACAAUCGUAAGACGAUGGAAUGGUCUUUUCCCGCCGCAGAUCCGGCAGCAGAUGCGAACCGUAAGACUAUGGAAUGGACCUUUCCUGCUCAACCACAGAAGCCAAAUCGACGCACAGUGGAAUGGACCUUUGAUGCAGCAAUGGCCGAGGCGAACAAUGAGAUGCCGAGACGACAGUCGAAUCGGAUGUCUCGACGCCGUGAGACAAAGGAGUGGACAUUUCCAAAGCAGAGCGACAAUCGCAAGACGCAAGACUUCGCGUUCCCCAUGAGCAGUCCCGAGAGGACUAAGCGUGGCGGCCACUCAAAAGAGGACCCUGACCCGUCCAUCUCACCUACACUGGGCCCCGGAUUUCGUCCAACUCUACGCCAUGCACAGACUGCACCCCUACUUGAUCCUAUUGACGAUUAUCCAGAGAUCAUCUCUGCACCAUCUUCACCCCUACGCGGCUCCAUUAUUGAUUUAGAUAUGGCGAUGGUCGAAACCUACCGCCCUUCCACGUCUGGUUCAGAUGCGAUCCACACCGCUGGCACAGAGCGCAUGAACGAGAACCCGUUCAACCUGGAAGACCAAGUGCAAUUGUCUGAGAACAACCACCGCGCAAGCUUCCAUAUGAAGAGCCAGUCCGAACCCAACCACGCCGUCCCAGGCCUUCUCACUCCCCAACAAUAUGAUGAUCAAGGCGCCCCCGUGGCCAACGACGGCCGGUCUCUUCAUGCUCGUGGCGUAAGUUCAGCGAGCCAAGUCCGCGACCGUGACCGCGACCGGACUUCAAGCAGCACUACGAUGAAACUCACAGGGCAGAAAGACAUGCCGGGUAGCAGUAGCACCAGCAUUAGCACUGGCCCCUCACAUCGCAGCGCCCAGCGCUCCCAACAAAUGAUCUGGGACGGCUGGUCGCACACCACAGCCUUUGGCCUCUCGUCCGAUGACCAGUCUCCCCCCAUGAGUGUGUCCACCGAUGCCUCGCUUGAGGAAGAAGACGUUGAUGAACUCUGGGACGUAUUCGAACGAAACACUUUGCAUCCACAGCGCAGAUGGAACAGCUACGCCCCUCUUCGGAGCGCCCGCAGUACAGUCUCCACCAGCACAUUUGGCGGUUCUGGCCUGGAUUCCGACACCGACGUCGACGACGCGGACGGACAAGGCGGCUACAAUCCAUACUCUUCUGACUCUGCCUACGAAGACCCACCCCCUCUCCGGCUGCCUCAGACCUCGGUUCGCAAGAGCACCGUCUCCGUCGGUCCUGGUGGAAAGCCAGUCGUCGAGUUUCCCAUUCCCAGGGGCCCAGACGUCGAAAAAUUGCUAGCAGGUGGUGUGGCGGGAAUGGGCAUCGCUGGCUUAGCAGAAGGUGCGGGUGCGGGGAUUGGCGCACCGGGCUUGGACAAGAUGAUGGCGGAUAUGCUGCUCAAGAGUGCGUUGGAGCUGCGGGAUGGGACGCGGGCGGGUCGAGAUCUCUUGAGGGCGAUGAAGUUGGAGGAGGUGGAUGAUGAGCUGAGUUCUCGGACUAAUGCUGGUCCUGGUGCUGGUGGUGGUACUGCAGGUGGUACUGGCAGUGAAGCCGGGAGAGGAGGUAGUUUUAGUGAGCCAGGCGAUUCCGAGGGAUUGAGCGACAUGUCUACAGUUAGAAUGCGAGCGCGCUAA